GAUAAUACUGUCUGAGUGAGUAUGCGCAUCGGCGAUAUCUUGCAAAGAUGGCGGCAGAUUUGAGUGUAAACAAAGUUAUACUUUUGCAGGCAGGCGUGCGGGGGUUUCUUGUGCGUAAAAAGUUACUCGAAGUCCGGAAAGAAUUUGAGGAAAUUUUGAGUGAGCUGGAAAAUGAUACAAACUUUGUCUGGUGGAAGACACAAGUUCCAGGGCUUCCUUUGAUGAGUACGGAUCCUAAAGGACUAGACAAAGCAAUAGAGAAAAGUAAUUCAGGCCUAGACGGAGAAAGUGACGAUGAAUCGAAACGAACGUAUCUCAUCAAGGAAGGUUCUGGUUCAUCAGAUGUAGAUGACAACUGCGAGGGUGAUCCUCUUAUAAAAAACCCUGUUCCUCAAGAUUCAAGCUUCGAAAGGCUUAAUUCAGCGUCAGAGACAUAUCUUAAGAUAAGUACUGCAGAGCUAGAGGGUAAAACGAUGGUAGAUGCGAAUUCUAGACUAAAAGAACAUGAUGACGGUGAAAGGUAUGACGCUGAUGAAGGACUACUUCCAGAAAGGCCUAUUCCUGAUGCGUCAAACCCUGAAAGUGUUAACUGCAGUAGUGAAUUGCAUAUCAACCAUGUGUUUGGUUUACAAAAUGGAACAACUUCCUUACAGGUGGAAAAGCCAGAUACAGAAGCUUCAUUAUUUGGAGGACAAAAUCUGGAAAGGCAGAAUUUGUUUAAUGCAAAUGCAGAACUAACUUUUCAACAUGGUAGUCCAGUUGAAACAUCUCGCCAUAUCAGAGAGCCACAUUUCCCCCUUAACAGUACUGUUAACCCUGGGUGGCAGAAUGAACAAGAGAUGAGGAGGUCUUUUGGACCACCUGACAGUGCAUCUGAGGCAUCGCUUCGAGAAUAUGUGUCCAGGACACCACAUCUGAGGGAACAAGCGCUUCUUAGUGACACUUGGUUGACUGAUAAAUCAUUUGAUACAGGACUUGACAAAGAGUUAAAGCAUGACCUCCCUACUGAUCCUGUCAAACUUCAUCAAUUAAAGGAUCAUAUAGGAAUGGAACUAUUGUGGACAGAACAAGCCAUACAGAGCAGGAAAAAGGUAAGAAAAACCAUUGAAAUGAACAUUGGUGAACAUCACCAAUAA